AUGGCCUCAUCGCGGUCUUUCUUUUAUUUCCUUCAUUCGUUCCCUCUCACCGUCUCGCCGGCUUCAGUGUACUUGGUGAUUAUGUUGUGGUUGCUGCAGUUCGCCUAUGCUGCGAUAUUACCGCCCUUGCUCAACCAAGCGGCAGCCAGCCCUCUCCCUCAGACUCAGCAACAAUAUGCGCCAGACUCUUUGGGUGCCGUGGCCAGCGAGAGCAGUAUUUGCAGUGAAAUCGGCCUAGAUCUUCUCCGGCAAGGUGGAAAUGCCGCAGACGCCCUUGUCGGCACCGUCUUCUGCGUUGGAGUUAUUGGGAUGUAUCACAGUGGCAUCGGCGGGGGGGGUUUCAUGAUUGUUCGUGACCCGGAAGGAAGUUAUGAAUUCAUAGAUUUUCGAGAGACGGCUCCUGCUGCCGCCUUUCAAGACAUGUACAACAACAACACCGACGCAAGCAUAUUUGGAGGGUUGGCUAGCGGCGUACCAGGAGAGGUUCGAGGUCUGGCGCAUCUCCACGAGAACUACGGCCGGUUACCCUGGAAGCAGGUCAUGCGAGGAGCAAUCAAGAUUGCAAGAUAUGGAUGGCCGGUGACUGAAGAUCUCGUGCGCUAUAUGAAGUCGGCAAACGCAUCCGCUGCCGUACCGAACUUCCUGGUUGAUGAUCCGAAUUGGGCUCUCGAUUUCGCGCCGAAUGGAACGUUGGUUGGUUUGGGUGACACCAUCACUCGCAAAAGGUACGCGAACACCCUCGAAACCAUUGCGGAAGAGGGGCCAGAUGCUUUCUACAACGGACCCAUAGCAGAGGCCACCAUUGCGGCCUUGCAGGCGCAAAAUGGAACGAUGACGGUCGAGGAUCUACAAAACUACACGGCCGUCAUUCGGCCGCCAGCGAACAUUACAUAUCGUGGCCACCGAUUGUUCAGCUGCAGCGCUCCGAGCUCGGGAGUGGUCGCACUCUCUGUGUUGAAGACGCUGGAAGGAUAUCCGGACUUCUUUGCGAAUGGAAAGGCCAACCUCAGCACCCAUCGGCUGGACGAGGCAAUCAGGUUUGGAUACGGAGAGAGGACGAAUCUAGGAGAUCCUCUCUUUGUAGCCAAUCUGUCUGACUACCAGGAUGACAUGUUAUCUGCCAGGUCGGCCGCGGAGAUUCGGGGCAAGAUUUCUGACUUGACGACUUUGAAUGUGUCGGCGUAUGAUCCUUCCGGGAUUGAAUCCUUGGAGACUCCGGGGACCUCCCAUGUGGUGACGGCGGAUGCUUCCGGAAUGGCAAUUUCGUUAACAACAACCGUGAACCUCUUAUUUGGAUCGAACCUGAUGGUGCCCGAAACCGGGGUGAUCAUGAACAACGAGAUGAAUGACUUUUCCAUCCCUGGAUCAUCAAACGCUUUUGGGUAUGUCCCGAGUCCGAGCAAUUAUAUCCGACCAGGAAAGCGUCCUUUAUCUUCGAUCUCGCCCACAAUCGUCGAACUUCCCAGCGGGACAUUGUACUAUGUGAUUGGUGCAGCAGGGGGGUCACGAAUCAUCACAUCGACUAUCCAGAACAUCGUCCAUGUCCUUGAUCAGAAUAUGACAGCACCUGAGGCCCUGGCACAGCCUCGUCUGCAUGAUCAGUUGAUUCCGAAUCAAGUAUCGUUCGAGUACGCGUAUGACAAUGAGACAGUGGCAUUUAUGAAAUCUCGGGGUCACAAUGUGACAUGGGUGGCAUCCGGGCAAAGUGCGGCCCAGGGAAUUCGCCGGCUCUUCAAUGGAACAUUCGAAAGUGCUGGCGAGCCGAGGCAGGCGAACUCGGGUGGUUUUGCGAUAUAG